AUGGAUUACGCGACGUUUACCUACACCGAAAUCCCCCAAGGCGGAUUCUUCCGCCUACUCAAAAUCUACGCAGGAUCCGCCAACGACCCGCUUGUGUGCGACCUCUUCAUAGCCGAGAUAGACACGGCUCCUCCAUAUACGGCUCUCUCUUACGUAUGGGGUGAUCCAGCAAAGAGCGCAGAAAUCGUUUGCUCCGAUCAUAUAUGCCGUAUCGGACAGAGUCUUUCAGAUGGACUACGUCGCAUGCGCAAUGCCGAAGAGGAUCGGAUUGCUUGGGCUGAUGCGAUUUGCAUCAACCAGAACGACAAUAUUGAAAAGGGUCAUCAGGUUGACUUGAUGGGUGUUAUCUACGACAAAGCUCGAGAUGUCCUCGUUUGGCUGGGUCCAGAUACCACACGCUCUGCUGAGGAAGCAAUCAGGUGCAUACGGACCAUCAACAAGAAGAUCUAUACAAAGACAGACAUGGAAGAGUUCAUUCCCACCAAGGAAGAGAUGCCAUAUACCUACCUUGCUAUGAAACCCGAAGGCGCCUCAGAGUAUACAGACCUGACAGGAAACCGAUACGGCAGACGGUCAACCCUCCCCUCCGUCCUCGGCACCAACGGCAAAGACCACAUCGGAAAGCUCUUCAACCUCACCUGGUUCUCUCGUGUGUGGAUUCUUCAGGAAGUCGGCCUCGCCACUGAGGCAACGGCCUUUUGGGGCGAUUCAAGCAUCGACUUUGCAGAGAUUGCAGAGUUCAUCUACAACACCAACUUCAAGGACGAGCUCAAAUAUCUUCUAGGGCCCGAGAAUGCGGCACGACUGGAAGGUGCUCCUCUAUACGGCUUAUGGAACGUCUGGGCGACGUAUGAGAAGGAGGGUAACUGGAUGUACCGAAACCCAACGUUGAGGGGCUUCCAUGAUGCGUUGGCUACUCACUGCGAUUUUGACUUUAUGCUCGUCAUGGAAGCCUCGCGGUACUUCAACGCUACAAACAAACUGGAUCAUGUCUAUGCUUUUCUAGGUCAUCCCAAGGCGAAGCGGCCAGGGUCGGAUAAGGCUUGGCUUCAGGCAAAUUACUUACUGAGUGUCGAGGAGCAGCAUCGGUUGUUAGCGGUCAACAUUGCUCAGCACUCGCUCAACUUUCUCGUUCAGGCACACCAGACUGAAGAAACUUUGAAGCCCGACUAUGAGUAUCCUUCUUGGAUACCCCAGUGGGAUAGAAAGAUGCCAUCUCAUGCAGACGCGUUCUGGGAAGCCUGGGACGCAACUCUUCGAAAAGCAGAGCAAAAGCCCUUCAAAGCCGACGCUGACGGGAACAAGCUGGCAGUCUCGGGGUAUGUCAUCGACCACAUCGAUCAAUUCACUAGAGUCAUGGAGACUCCUGAUUUCGACUCGUCAAACGGGAGCGGUCACCUCAUUGAUGUAUGCUGGGAGAUUGCCCAGCAAAAGCCUUGUCCGUACCCAAAAGAAAAGACCAACGAGGCCUUUGCUUCAACACUUGUGUGCUUCUAUGAUAGCAAAGGUGACCAAGCUGGAGACGGACGGAACCGUGUGGUAGAGCAAUUCGCCGGCUAUUGCAUGCGCGCAAACGAGGUAUUUUAUGCAGCUCACCUCAAACCUGGAAUUGGCUUCUGGUCUCUAGAUACGAUUAUAAGGGUAGGUCAUAUGUUUGAUCCAGCCUUCAAGUCGUACGGGACUAAUAGACGGUUCUUCAACACCCAUACCAACGGGUUUUGGGGUCUCGGGCCAAAGGCGAUGCAGAAAGGGGAUGUUUGUGUAUUGUUAUUCGGCGCCGAUGUUCCGUUUGUGUUGAGGCCGACAGAGAUACCUGGGGAGUUCAAGGUUGUUGGACAGUGCUAUAUGUACAAGUUUAUGGAUGGUAAGGCUAUCAAACAAUGGCGGGAUCGGAAUCUUCCUCAGGAGGAUUUUGUGUUGGUAUAG